CUUAAUUUCAUACACUUACAUUGCCUAGCGAGAGGUUGUGAAGGUGGUAAAGGCCCCAUCCGGGAAUACCUAUACCGGCAGUGAUGAUGAAGAAACUUGGCAGGAUUUCGUACCACAUUUCAAUUUACAAAAACCCACAAAAAUAUUGCGGUAAUAAUUUGGUACGCUUUUUGACAGCUGACUGUGUGUUCCCAGUGAUUGAAGAAAAAAAGUACCAAAACGGCAAGUCAUCAAAGAUGGCAGACGUCCCCAUCGACUGUGAUUUUCCCGUCUGGGGAUUAAUGCCGAAAAAAGAAACAGGGGUGGUCUCUUUCUUGAAUAAAAACCCAAACUUUGAUGGUAGAGGCACCGUCAUUGCAAUUCUGGACUCUGGAGUCGAUCCGGCUGCCGACGGGCUCAAGUUGACGAGCACAGGGGAGACGAAGGUGAUCGAGAGGUUCGACUGCAGCGGUUGCGGCGAUGUGGACACCAGCACGGUUAUCACUAAAGUUGUUGACGGCUGCAUUACCGGUCUCACUGGUCGCCAGCUGACGAUUCCAGAGUCAUGGAAGAACCCAAGCGGAGAGUGGCGCGUGGGAGUGCUGUACCCAUACAGCCUGUACCCCGGCAAGCUCAAGGAGCGCGUGCAGGAGCACCGUAAGACACACAGCUGGGAUGUCGGGCAUAAGCCCGCCUUCGCUGCCGCUAACAAAGCACUGCAGGACUUUGAGACUGAAAAUGCCUCGUCCCCGGGCCCGCUGUCCCCGGAGCUCAAGCUGCAGCGCGAGGAGCUGGAGGCGCGCGUGGAGGCGCUGCAGGCCGCCAACAGGAAGCACAGCGACGUGGGGCCCGCGUGCGACGCCGUGCUGUUCCAUGACGGCGCGGUGUGGAGAGCCUGCAUAGACACAUCAGAGACCGGCGAUUUAUCCUCCGGGCCUCUUCUGGGUGAAUACAGCGUGACUCACGAGCACACUCACUUGACGCCGCUCGACGAGAUGACUGUCAGCAUCAACGUGCACAAUGAGGGGAAUGUGCUGGAGGUUGUGGGGAUGUGCUCGACACACGGCACGCACGUGGCGGCCAUCUCUGCCGGUUAUUUCCCGGAGGAGCCGGACCGGAACGGAGUCGCGCCCGGAGCCAAGAUCAUCUCGCUCACUAUCGGAGACAGUCGCCUAGGCUCCAUGGAGACGGGCACUGCGCUAGUGCGGGCCUGCAUCAAGCUGAUGCAGCUCAGCAAGGAGCAGACAGUGCACGUGGUCAACAUGAGCUACGGAGAACACGCGCACUGGAGCAACGCGGGUCGCGUCGGCUCGCUAAUCUGCGAGGUGGUGGCGCGCUACGGCGUGUGCUGGGUGGUGUCCGCCGGGAACCACGGGCCCGCGCUGUGCACCGUGGGAGCCCCUCCGGACGUGCACCAGGCUACCCUUAUAGGUGUUGGCGCCUACGUGUCCCCCGAGAUGAUGUCAGCGGCCUACUCCAUGCGCGCGCGCUCCGGGGGCGGCCUGUUCUCCUGGUCCUCUCGGGGGCCAUGCGCGGACGGGGCCGCGGGGGUCAGCGUGUGCGCCCCCGGGGCCGCUGUCGCGCCCGUCGCCAGGUUCACCCUGCGGAACUCGCAGCUGAUGAACGGCACUUCGAUGGCCGCCCCUCACGUGGCUGGCGCUACAGCGGCGCUAAUAUCGGGUCUCAAGGCAAAGGGUCUGAAAUACUCUCCAUUCUCCGUAAAACGAGCCUUAGAGAAUUCCGCCACUUACUUGAGCCAUGUGGAGCCGUGGGCGCAGGGAUGUGGGCUGCUCAAUAUAGAGAAGGCAUUCGACAUCCUAACAACGCACCACGACGCCCCCGAGCGUGACGUCACAUUCACCAUCGAGUGCGGCGCCUCGCGAGGCAAGGGCGUGCUGCUGAGGCCGAGGCAAGGAGACACGCACACAGACGUGGCCGUGAGCAUCGAGCCCGCCUUCCUGCACCACUGUAGCGAUACUGACGACCUCCAAACGCUGCGCGCCCAGAUCUCCUUCGGUCUACGCCUAACCCUCGCCAACUCGGCGCCGUGGAUAUCGGCCCCCACGCACCUGGACAUGAUGAAUGCUAACAGGCCUAUCUCCAUCCGGGUAGAUACGGCUGCACUGCCGCCGGGGCCGCACUUCUCUAGCAUAGACGCCUACGACGUGACCUGCAUAGAAAAGGGCCCGGUGUUCCGGAUCCCAGUGACCGUGUUCCAACCGGAGCCCCUAGACCCGGCCACCCCGGUCAUCAGCUGUGACGCCGAGUUCCGCCCGUCCAGCAUACGGAGACACCUGCUGGUGCCGCCGCCGGGCACCACGUGGGGCGUGCUGAGGAUCAGCUCCAGGGAUCAGAAUACGCAGGGCAGAUACCUGGUGCACACGAUGCAAAUGCUGCCCCAGUCCAGCUGCCGCUCGCACGAGACGCAGAAGAUGCUGAGCGUGACGACGGACGCGCCCGCCGCGCUGCCCUUCAGGGUUGUGGAAGGCGUAACCCUCGAAAUCGCCAUCGCCAAGUACUGGGCGAACAUGGGCUCGCACCGCAUCAGCUACUCCAUCGAGCUAUUCGGCCUCAAACCCUCGUGCGGGCGGCGCGCGGUGGCGCUGGGCGCGGGCGGGCUCAGCCGCCUGCUGCUCGCCGCGCACCGGCAGCAGGACUGCCAGCCGCACGCGCAGCUCAAGCACGCGGAGCUGCCCCAGAGGCCUACAGAGUCGAAAAUAACCCCGCUGACGUCCAGAGACAUCGUGCCUCCGAACAGACAGAUCUACCAACUCGUCAACACCUAUACCUUCCACUUAGCUAAAGGAACAGAGGUGACUCCGAUAGUGUCUCUGCUGUCGGACAUGCUGUACGAGUCGGAGUUCGAGUCCCAGAUGUGGAUGUUGUACAACAGCUGCAAGCAACUCAUGGCCGUCGGCGAUGCUUAUCCGAGCAAGUACUCCGUGAAACUAGACAAAGGCGACUACACACUCCGUCUGAACGUGCGGCACGAGAGCAAGCAGGUGCUGGAGCUGAUCGCGGAGCUGGCCGUGCUGCUGCAGCAGAGACUGCCGCAGCCGCUCACCGCCGACCUGUACUGCACCCGGCACGAGGCGUUGACUGGCGGCAAGAAGUUCAACUCCGCCACCGUCCCGACCGGCGGGAUCCUGCCGCUCUACCUCAGCUCCAUACCGUCUGACAAAAUAAGCCGCUCCAAUCUGACCGUCGGGCAAACCCUAACAGGCACAAUAACCUUCACUAAGGACGAACUAGGUCGCAAAGUCGACACAUACGAGCUGGUGUACGUAGUGCCAGAACCGCCCAAGAGGAAUAACAAUAAUAACAAGGAGAAGGAGAAGGGCAACCCGUACGAGGAGUAUCUGAACGCGAUGAAGGACUUCAAGACUAACUGGAUGGGGAAACUUGAAGGCGACAAGUUAGAACAAGUGUACGAGGAAGUGCAAGAGCUGUUCCCCGGCUACCUCGGCGCGCACGUCGCGUACCUACACGCCGUGGACUCUCCUACUGACGCCGCCAAACUACCUCACGCGGAGCAGGCGCCGGACGUGACGACGGCGUGGUGCGAACAACUCAUCACUAUUUCUGAUAAGGUUAUAAAGGCAAUAGAUCAAGACAAGCUGUUAGCGUAUCUAGGAAUCAAGAAUGACACGCGUAGUGACGCUAAUAAAAUCAAAGUAGAACAAGAGAAGCAACGCGGCUACCUCAUAGACGCGCUGUGUCGGAAGGGGACGGCGCUAUGUCGCCUGCUCGCUCUGGCUGAUAACGCCGCGGCAAAGGAGAAACUGAUGUCGUCACUCAAGGACAACAUGGCCGACUUGCUCAAGUUCACUGACCUCACUGAUGCUAAGGCGAUCCACUACGGCGUGUGGCACUGCUUCGCUCUCAAGCACUGGGGUCGCGCCAUCAAACUCCUCACCAAGAUACAAGAAGACAAGCCCUCCAAGGAGGUUGAAGAGCGACUGCUAGAGGCCUACAAACAACUGCAGUGGGAACACCUAGUGAAAUAUACCACUAGUGCGAUGCCGACCAAGUAUCCAACCACCUAUAGGCCGUUCUAGCUUGAAAGCUUCAGGGUGAAGCGGCGGAGAACAGGUUUUAAGGAAUGAUGUUUUGUUCUGAGGGCUGAGUGUGGUUUGGUUUGUUAUGUUGUGCCGUGAAUAGACCCCGUCGCGUAGUGUGUUAAACUCUGACUAAUGAGAAGUAUUGUUGUCUAAAGUUUGUUGUAUAAAUAUACUUAUGCGUAAGAGUUAUUUGUGAAGUACAAACACAAGUAUUUACAGAAGUUUAUAAACAAUCAAUCAUUCUGAGGAAUCUGUUGAACCGCUGAUGCGAGUAGGUUUAAGACUAGGAAAAUAUUAUGUAAACGCAUUUUUAUUUUUUUACUCUAGGCUUUUAGUAACAAGGUCUACAAAUGAAAAUCGUUGCAUUUGAAUUUUAGUCAAGGUUGUUACUUUCAUGGUGCUCAGUUCGUGCUGAUCUUUUUUUUCCUACCACCGAUGCUUUUGGUGUUAACAGUCAUUUAAAUUGUAAUGUUUUUACCGAUGAAAUAAGUUUUAAGUUGCAUUCUCAGUUUUCAGUACGUUUGUAUACAGGAUGUUGCAAAAAUGAAAAGUUGAUUGGAAUGACCCCCUGGGUCAGCUUACUAUAAUUACCACUUUUGCAAGUACCCUGUAUGAUAAACGACCAUUCAGAACUCACCAGUAUUUCCAUACCCGAUUUCAGCUUUGUAUUAAAUUUGUAGUAAUAAUCUUUUAUUUUAGACUCUUGAAAUUAUAUUGUGUUUGAAAUGCUUUUUAUCCAUAAAUAAAUUAAAUAAUUAUGUGACAAUGUUUUGUAGCAAGAUGGAUUAAAAUUGUAAUGGUUCAAAUCGCGGGCGAUUGUAAUUAACUAUUUUAUUAUCAUUCUGUAUAAUCUACCAAAUGUAAUUAUAUUUAUACAAGUUAUGCCUUUUGGGUGCUAAAUGAUCUCCUUACUAAAGCAUCUCGUAAUAUAUGCCAGACAUUUUUAUAUGAGUAAGUUUUUAUCAUAAUAUAAGGUUAAUGCUACUUACAUUUGGUAGAUUUAUGGCCAAUUGUGAACCGUCCACAUCUAAAUCUGACCAUGUUAAAUACGUACACUUGGAUCAUAAGGUACAUACUUACGUACAUCUAUAAGCUAAAUAAUGAAACUGCAUGUAAACUUAUCUGCCCCACUUUAUCGACGUCGAUAAAGGACACGUGCCGCGAGGCCUGGUGACAGUUGAAGGAAACAAGAUAAAAUUUUGGACAAGACAGUAUUCACUAUACCUUUAGUUCAACUGUCAAAGGAAUGCAUAAAGCAAUACAAUAGCAACCCACAAGUUAGAAAUAUUAACAUAAAUGGUUUAUAUUUGGUUUAUUAAUAAUUAUGCAUUUCUUUAACACUUUGAAAUACUGCUUUUGUAAAUGGUUCUCAUUAUAAAUAUUGUAAUAGCUUCGUGAAUUUGACAUAGACAAUUUUGUUGAUAAGUAUAAUGAAAUAAAUGAAAUAUUAUUUGACUAA